AUGCCACCAUCUCCCCUGAGCAUCCCUCACCGCCAUCCCGAUACCAACGGUGACUUCGAGCCCCUCUCCCCGGGCACCUAUGGGAACGAAUUCCCUCACAGUUCCAGCCCUCCACGCACAGCAACCCCUCCCACACCAGGCACGCCCCGCCAACAAGGCAUGAUGAACGUGAACGCCCCCCACCGCGGCUCCGUCGAUGUCGACCUUACCGGCACCUCCGCAGAUGAAGGCGGUGGUGCGGGCCUGGGCAACCUCGCAGAUGAACUGGCAGACGCAUGGGAAGAGGAGGAAGAGGGGUAUGGAUACGGGUAUGGAUAUGCGUCGGGGCAGGAGACUGAUAACGGUCCCGUGGAUCCACAGCAGCAGGAUGUUAGUGAUGGGGAGGAAGAUUAUGAGAUGGGGGGUGGUGGUGCGAGGACACCGUCGUCGGGGUAUUCGGUUGAGCAUAAUACGUUGCAUCCGCCGAGGCCAAAGGGGAGGAAUGCGGCUCAGAGGCAUAGGCGGCAUGAGUCGCAGUAUGAUGGGUCGGAUUAUGGGAAUGAUUCGGAUCUAGAGGAGGCGGCAGAUAUUUCGCCUAGCUUGGAGGGACAGAUGGCUGAGAUUGAGAGUCUGGCGAGACGGGGGAUGGAGAAUAAUGGUAGUGAGAAUGACCAUGUUAUCAAGCGGGCUGUCGAAGCUUUGCGGGAUUUGGGUGGUCAGAGUGGGAUUGAGAAUAAUGCGAUGCGACUCAUCACAGCACACACCUCCAUCACAUCGCAUCUAACCCACCAAACCCGCACCCUCCAAACCCUCACCCACCCCCUCCUCUUCUCGCCCUUCCCCCUCCUCUCCGAAGACGCAAUCGACGCCCUCAUCCCCCUAAUCGACGCCGAACUCCUCCCAAAUCUCCCCUAUCCCUUCCCCGGCCAAGCACGCCACAACCACUCCUCAACCACAACCUCAACACCAGCAACAUCACGACCAGGGACCCCACAUUCCCACACCCACUCAAAUUCAACUUCACACUCACACUCCCGCACUCACUCACAACCACAACCACACGUGAACCCCCUAUCUUCCCUCCAAACCCUCAUCUCCCAGACCUCCGACCUAACGCACUCCCUCCAAGGCCUCAGCGACACGCUCUACGAAUCCCGCCAGUUAACAUCUACCGCCUCGCGCCGACUGCGCUCAGCCCGGGAACUCGUUUCCGAACUACGACGCGAAGAAGAAGGGCGCGAGGAAGGUUCGCGGUGGCUUGAGCGCGGUGAUUGGGAUCGGAAGUUGAAAGAAAGGGAGGCGGGGAGGGAGUGCGGGGACGUUGUUAGUGGGUUUGAGGCUGUUUGUGGGGAGUGGAGGGAGAGGUUGUUUGGCGCUGCGGCCGGGAAGGUUGCUGCUGCUUGA